AUGUCGCCGCAAGAAUUGGAAAAGAAAGAAGAGGAAAAGCUUAAAGCAAAGUAUUCUGUUCCUACCCUUAAUGGAAGAAUCGCAGGAGGCCAUUCCGCGUUCCUCCAGAAGCGCUUAGCCAAGGGACAGAAAUAUUUUGAUUCUGGAGACUAUCAGAUGGCCAAGCAGAAAAUGGGUAGUGUCUUGGCACAACCAUCUGCAAAAACAAUGCCUUUGGGAGCUACAGGUAAUAUAAACAAUAGAUUAUGUGACAUCUGA